AUGCUCGAGGCAAGGUCAUAUCAGGAGGGAAGCUUGUGGUUCUAUGCACCAAACAAAGGCGCUGCAAUUACCUUUGCAAUCCUCUUCGCUAUCUCUGGUGGCCUCCAUGGAUAUCAAUGCUUCAAAUACAAAUCCUGGAAAGUCACCGGCCUUCUUCCCUGGUCUGCCCUUCUGUUCACUGCAGGUUUUAUCACACGAACUAUCGGAGCGUUCGGGCAGUGGGGAAAUAUAGGCGUCUUUAUCGCAAGCACUGUGCUUCUUCUCGCCGGACCACCGGUAUAUGAGGGUGCCAACUUCUUCAUUUUGGGUCGCAUACUCUACUAUAUCCCAUACCACUCCCCCAUCCACCCUGGCCGCGUAUUCACAACCUUCAUCGCCUUGGGUGUGGCUAUUGAGAGCAUUACAGCGAACGGAGCGGUCCGAGUCGCAAGCGCAAACUCUACUGUCAGCUCGCAAAACAUCGGCAAGGCACUGCUGAAAGCGGCCCUUAUCAUGCAGAUUGCUCUCAUGGUAGGCUUUGUGUCUUUGGCUGCCCGAUUCCACUUCAACUGCUCCAGAGGAGGCGUGUUGAACCACAAGAUCAAGCGUGCCCUAUUGGUGUUGUACUGUAGCUGCACCCUUAUCACGAUCCGUACCAUCUAUCGCACUGUGGAAUACUUCACUGCCGCGAGUCUGAAUGCAUACUCUGACCUAGAACAUAUCAGCCCUGUACUGAAGCAGGAGUGGUUCUUCUGGGUGUUCGAGGUUGUACUCAUGUAUAGCAAUACCACUUUGCUGAAUGUCUUUCAUCCCAUGCGUUGGCUUCCACACUCAAACAAGAUUUAUCUUGCUGAGGAUGGUGUCACAGAGAUUGAGGGUCCUGGCUAUGAUGAUCCCCGUCAUUGGAUCCAGACUAUUAUCGAUCCAUUUGAUAUUUUCGGAUUGGUCGUGAAACGAGGCAAGCAGGAGAAGUAUUGGAAAACGAUUCCGACUGGGAGAGAGGAAACCACUGCUAGAACCACCCAGAGCGUUUGA